AUGAACGAAGAACGUAGACAUACGAGCCGUCAGCCCAGGGAUCCGUCUCGGCCAUCAAUAACAAAGGAAGACGUCGGACAAGCCGAGCGUAUGGUUGCAGACGCCGUCCAGAUGGUUGACGCAGCCAUGUCCAGACAUGCCACCAAAGCUCUUGCAAAGGAGAAGAAAGCGUUAAGCGACCUUGCCAAGGAAGCUUUCCUGCCCCCAGACUCCGAGCUGGCCAAGGAGAUCGCGCGUGAACGUAUCGAUAAACGCGUGCAUGACUUCGAAAUCAAGCUGCAACGGGAUAUGCUUGAUGAGCAGGCCCGGCGGCCCACUAAAGCUUCGAACAAGUCUCCCCACAACCACAAGCCGAAAACGCCGAGGUCUCAUCGGAAGGCUUCAUCAUCCGGAAAGUUGGUGCCGAGCGAGAAGAGUGAAGGAUUUUAUCACAGUAUCGAUGGGAUGGCACCCGUUGAGGUGAGUUCUACCGGCUUCGUCCACUUCCCACGGCAUCCUGACGACGAAAAUGACUGGGAACGUGUAUCUCGCCAUUCGACACCGGAGCCAGAAGAGAAGGAAAAGGUCGGAGGCGACGUCAGUGAAUCGAAGGGAUUAUUGCAGGGUUGGUUUGGCAAGUGA